CGCUGAAGCGCCAGCGGCCAAAAUGAAGUUCAACCCCUUUGUGACUUCUGACCGGAGCAAGAACCGUAAAAGACAUUUCAAUGCACCUUCCCACAUUCGCAGGAAGAUUAUGUCUUCUCUUUCCAAAGAGCUGAGACAGAAGGAUGAUGAAGUUCAGGUUGUCCGAGGACACUACAAAGGGCAGCAAAUUGGCAAAGUAGUCCAGGUUUACAGAAAGAAGUAUGUCAUCUACAUUGAACGAGUGCAGCGGGAGAAAGCUAAGGGCACGACAGUUCAUGUGGGCAUUCACCCCAGCAAGGUGGUUAUCACUAGACUAAAGCUGGACAAAGACCGCAAAAAGAUCUUUGAACGGAAAGCCAAAUCUCGCCAAGUAGGAAAGGAAAAGGGCAAAUAUAAGGAAGAAACAAUUGAGAAGAUGCAGGAAUAAAGUAAUCUUAUAUACACCUUUCAUUAAAAACUGUUA